AUGAAGAGCUAUAAACGACAUGAUAAACCACCCUACAGUUAUCUGGGCAUGGUAGCUUUAAUCAUUCAAUGCUCACCAGGUCGUCAACAGUCUCUUGCUGGUAUCAUCGAUACAUUGACGGACAUGUUUCCUUUCUUCCAAGGUGAAUAUAAGGGCUGGAAAGAUUCGGUGCGACAUAAUAUGACCAAUUCUGAUUGCUUCUACAAGGUAACGUCAUAA